CUCAGGUUGGUGGGUGACCUCGUUUCCACGUUUUUCGGUGUUUCUGAUUUCAUAUCACAGGUAAACAAGAACUCGAUCAGCUGAUCGAGAGUCGUUUCAGUAUUGUUUUUGUGAUAUACCUAAGGGUGGGUAAUAACCCUUAUAUUUAACGUAUUUAUUGAAUUUUUUUUUAUUCCAAGACUAGUAUGAUGCAAUACUAAGAUUUCAAUAAGAUAAUAACUGAUAUGACUAUAUUAUUAAGAGACAUGAGGGGCCAGUGGCGUCGUUAUUUUACAAUUUUUCAUGAAGUUAAUAUAUGACAUCGUUUUUUUUGGUUGAUUAUUUCCUAUUCCCGAUAUGGUGCUUACUUAAUAACUUCUGAUCCAGUAGAUUUUUAGUUUAUACUUGAUUACCGUUGUAUUACUUACAUGAACAAUAUGCCCAGAGAAGAGGGGUCAAUUAAAGGGAUAAAUGACGAGUUUGCUAAUACUGAAGAACUAGAAAAACAGAGAUUGCGUGAUGAACAGGGUAUAAUAACUAAUAGUCAUAAAGAGGCUGACAAACAGAAUCUCGAAUGUAAAGGGAUCAAGAAUGAUAGUGACGAAGACGUUUCCACAACUGGAAAUGGAUCUAAUGCAGGCUCUGACUCUGAGGGUGUUACUCGUGUGAUACAAAUGGAGAAUUCAAAUAGAAAGAAAUUAAAAUUAUUGCAAAGGUUAUCUUCGCUCAAUGCAUUUUUUGCAGAUACUUCUGAACCAGUUUCAUUAUUUAAACAUGAAAGGGAACAAAUAGAAAAAGAACAACAACAGAAUUAUCAAAAUUUGCAUGCCCAAGGUGAUACAGAACAGGCACAAUCAGAUAUAGCUACCAAUGUAGCUGUUAAAGCUAUUAAUACAAUAGAAGAAAAUGAGAAGAGUGAAGAAGAAAUGGUUUUGGUUAAGGCACUGCCCAAAUUACAAAAUAAUUCUGGAAAAUAAUGGUAUUAAGUACCUAAUUAUGGAUUGAUAUGUAUCAUUAAUAUAAGUCAAUUUACUAACUUACAAUUAUAAUAUUUAUCGUUUUCUUAAUUUGGUUUUUAAAUUAAUUUAAUUAACUAAUACCUAUAAUGAAUUUAUUAUUAUUAUUUUUUUUAAAAUUUAAUUUUCAUGUACGAUACUUGUUUUAUUUCUUAAUUGUUCCUGACUACAUUUGGUUGCUAUUUGGUUGCCAAAUUGUUUAUGUAAAAUUGUUUGUAAUCAAUUUUUCUAAUGUAUGGUAAUUUUCCUAAUUUAACACAGACAAAUGUUUAAAAUUCAUCUUGUGAUAAGGAUGAUUCUAAAAUAUCUUAACUGUUGUCUUUUAAUGUUUGUACCUAUGUUAAAUUUAAAAUUGUGUAGUUGAAUUGUGUUACUAGCAUUAAAUA